CAGCUCCCAGGCGGCGCUUUGUUGUUGAUGUUGGUAUAGGCAGCGAUGGUGUUUUGAGGUGGAGUGCUGCUCCUGCAUAGAGGACAUUUCAUCAGCCCUGCUGUAGCCGUGGAUACAGAUAUCUCUGACAGCUGAUUACAAGAUGUCAGAAAGCUCCAGUGAUACAGAGUCCUCGUGUGGGUGGACUGUUAUCAGCAAUGAGGGCUCAGACAUCGAAACUCUGGGGGCUGAGAAUGGGGCGGAUUAUGAUCCGGAGGAGACAAACACAACUCCUGCCCCAGAUCAGCCCAAUUCUCCACAAGAUGAGGAUGCAGAGGCAGCUGGAGACUCUUUUCUGGAUGCCACUCUGAAAGAGGAGACUGUGGUGGAAGCAGAGUCUGGCCAGCAGGCAGGAGAAGAGGCGGGGCUGGAGGAACAUGUGACACUCUGCUCCUCAAGUGAUCACUCUGACAUCGUCACCCUCGGAGAUAACAGGGAGGUGGAGAUCGGCGCAUGGGAGGGGCCUGUUGCUAAGGAGGAUGAGGAGACAACAAUUGAUGAGCUGUACCUGGGAACCUCGUCAAGCAGCCAGUACACUUUCAGUGCUGCAGAGACAAUCUUCCCAGCAGAGCGUCCUGUGCGCAGAGACUCCAGCAGCACCAGCACUGAAGAUGAGGAUGGUGAGACGAAGGCCAGUCCGGUAGUGAGGAGGCGCAGGCUGAGGAGGAGCACGGCUGGCUCUGAGCCAGAGGAGCAUCAGGAGGUGCAGAAAGAGCAAGACGAGGGUGGUGAUGGAGCUGAGGAGGAGACGGAAGAGCACCGGGAGGCUCGUGUUUUUGCCCCGCAGCAGCGGCAGGUCAGCGGGACGCUCAACAAGUGCAUCCUGCUCGCCCUCAUCAUUGCCAUCAGCAUGGGUUUUGGACAUUUCUAUGGCACGGUGCAAAUUCAGGAGAGACACAGGAUGGUGGAGAAGAUCCGUGUGAACGAGCCGAGUGAGACCCGAGAGCUUCAUCAGUGUCGGAGCGAGAGAGAAGCUGUCACUAAGGAUGUGGUUGAGAGUCUGAGAGAAGACUUAGAAGAAAAGCGGGACAUGGUGUUGUCACUGACAGGCAUUAUGGAUAAGAUUACCAAAGAAAACCAGCAUCUCAGAGCAAAAGAAGUUGAACUACAGACUCAGAGAGAAGAUCUGUUUGAACAGCUUCAGCAGGCCAAGAGUGAGAUGGAGUCUCGGCAGAAGUACCUGGCUUCAGAGAACCGUGCUCUGAAGACCACCCUGGAACGCGAGGAGGCGUCACUGUCCACACUGCAGGACGAACUGCGGCACCUCCGCGCUCAAAUCCGCGAGCUGGAGGAGAAAGGAGCGGGUUCCGAUUCCAUCCUGUCUGAAAACCAACGCCUAAAGCACCACCUUCUGGAGGAGAAGCAGAGGGUCCGAAGUUUCCUCAACCAGAAGGAGGCACUGAUGGCGGAGGCUCAGGUUCUACGGAAGGAGCUGGACAAGGAGCGGAAGGUGACGGACAGGCUGAAGGAAGAGUUAGAGGAAUUGAGCCAGCAGGAUUUAGGAACAGAGGAGGAUCCCGAAACUGAGGAACUGCAGACACGACUUCAGGAGCUGGAGAAGAAGCUGAGCUUUGAGCAGCAGCGUUCUGAUCUGUGGGAACGACUCUACGUGGAGUCGAAAGAAGAGAGAUCCAAAGGCGACAGGCAAGUCAAGUCCAAGAAACCCAAAGAUGGAAUGAUGGGGAAGGUGAAGGAGACCUUCGAUGCAGUGAAAAAUUCCACCAAGGAGUUUGUCCACCACCACAAGGAGCAGAUCAAAAAGGCCAAGGAAGCAGUGAAGGAGAACCUCAGGAAGUUCUCGGAUUCCGUCAAGUCCACGUUCAGGCACCUGAAGGACUCUGCCUCCAACAUGUUUGACAAAAAACAGCGACCACAGGAUAAAAGGUUCCACGAGAGGAAGCAUGCAAAAAUGGAUCAUCAGGAGUUCCAGGAUGAGCCUUACAAAGAACAGGUUAACCAACAAAUGGAUGAUGCCCACUGGCAGCCCCACAGGCCUUUGCACCAACACCCCAGCAAAUCCACAGUGGACUCUUCCUUCCAGACUGACCACAACACACGUAAUUCAGGCGACCGCAAGGAGCAAAGCACUACUGGACAGAGAUCACAAAGGCCCAAAGGCUGUACCGGCGUCUUUGACUGCGCCUACCAAGAGUUCAUGAGCCUUUUCAACAAGGCCAUGGACCCCAUAAGAGCAGAUGAGUUCACCCAGCUUCUCCACAGUUACCUUCAGCAGGAAGUGGGACAUUUCCAUCACUGGAGCGAGCUGGAGAGCUUCAUUAACAAUUUCUUCCACAAUGGGAUCUUUAUUCACGAUCAGAUGCUGUUCACGGACUUCGUCAGUGGCGUUGAAGACUAUCUGGAAGAUAUCGAUGCGUACCAGGGUGGGGAUAGUGACCUAUUUGAGGAUCUGGAUGAUUACAUAUACAGGCACUUCUUUGGGGAUACAUACUCAAAACCUUACAGCCCAAGGUCUGAGACACAGUAGCCUCUGCAUGUUGACAAUGACUUGCUGUGAGCGACGCGUGAAGCUUUAGGGUAAAAAAAAAAAAAACUUAAAUAUUUACUGUGUGUAAAUUUACAGUCGACCUUUUGAAGAAGGGCCUGGGCCGAAGUUCAAAGCAGAGCAGGAGUGUCAGCGGCCGCAGCGAAAACACCAGCAUUCACGCCCUGUGCACCCCCGAGAACGGAAAUGGGCUCGGUCGGGACGAGGGUCCGACAGACACUUUACUGAAGUCAAAAUCGAACUGGGGCCCAUGCCGUUCGACCCAAAAUACUAACAAUCCAUGCAAAUUCUAGAUCUUAGUUGUUUUCAUUGUAGCACUUAACCUAAAGUGAUCCUGUUGCUUUUUUUUUCAUAAUAAGACAAAUGAAAGCAUUGUCUUCCCCUUUUCCCUCCCCCUUAUUUGUGAUUUUGCACAAUUGUACAUGCUGGUUGAAUGUCUUCUAGCUUUUUGUCUCUCUUUGUUUGUGAUCAGCUGUUGCUAGAUCAGAUUAUUUAGAGUCAGUAGUGUUGCUUUUUCAACGCUUAAGCUACUUAGCUUACUUGCAAGGCCUUUAAAAAAGUUAAUUAUCAGGUUUUCGUUCUAGUAUUCCAUGUUGGAAAAGUAAAAAAAAAAAAAAAACAGAAUAUUCAGAAUAUAAGAAUUCAAUUAAACUAAUAAUUAAUAUUCUGUAUAUAUUAAAUUAUAAUUAGCAUAAAAAAUGAGAAGGAAAUUCUGAAUAACAAAACAAUUUAUUUUCUUAAGGACCAAAUAUAUAAGCAGUGUUUGUUCUACUGAAAAAUUCCUUCCAUGCUGAGAUGCCUGAUUUCUUUGUUGUAGUUUGGUGAGCAUUGUUUUUUGUACUGCUGUCAAAAUGUCAACACUGAUUAGAGAUGAUCUAUUAGAAAUUAUAUGGAGGAGUGAAUUUAAGUGGCCACUUUGAGUACAGUUUUCUUUUUUCUUUUUUUGCAUUUAUUUGUUGCACAAGUAACAUUCCGGUUAAAGCCUUGUUUUUCAGAAAAUUCUGCAACAGAAUCAUUUUUGUUUGCCGUUCAGCAAAUCAGUACGCAUGAAAAUCUUUACAAUAAAAACUGCAGUUUCCCCUGA